UGCGGAAUCACAGUGGAUUUUUGUUCUUUCUAGUCUGUUAUGGGGCCAGUAAUAGAUUGGCUUGCCAGUUUACUAGUUUGAACUCACUUUUUUGGAUCUAGUCAUGAGCUGCUUGAUUUAUUUACUGCUAAUAAAGUUGCUAUGAAUUGAGUUGUACCUAGAGAGCACCUUUCAGAGUAAUGAUUGAAUUAUGCUAAGGUACAUGUGGGAGAAAGCUUAGAGGAGCCAGCAAGCCAUUGGUGCUAGUUAGUGGAGAACAUUAUGUGUUGAUGAGAACAUCAACAGAUGGAGUGAAGGAGAUGUCAUUGGCCGCAUCUUUGGUAAGAGUAGGGAGUAGGGACAGGGACUCAGGAAGGAUAUGCGGGGGAGAAGGGAUUGCCAGUACACAUGAAUGAUGAGGAGCAGGAGCAGGAGCAUGAGAAUGAAGGCAAAGCCAACAGGGAAGGAGGAGCAGAAGUCAACAGAAGAGGCAAGCUUGAGGGUGCUCAUUAUGAUAAUCUUGGAAGCUCAAGAUCACUGGGAAAUGAGAAAGGCAAGAAUCCAGCUCUAUCUUCAGCUGAAGUAAUCCAUGAGGUUUUUGGGGACUCUGGUGAUGAUGAACCAGAAGAAUAUGCAGUUCAUGAUUGCAUUAAUGAGAAACAUAGAUCUCCAAAGUACAAAAAGAAUUAUGCUGAUGAAUCCCCAGUGGAGAAUAUUAUACCUGAUGAAGAUGCACUGCGUGUGAGUGAAGAAGAAGGCACGAAGACCAAACUAAAGGGAAAGGCAGUUGUGCCUCCUGUGGCGUCUGAAAUUCCUUUGCUCUUUCCAUCACCAUGCCCGGAUCAGAUGGCAACUAUCAAUCUCUCCUGCAUAAUUGGAAUUGACCCCAAGCAAUUUGAUCCUGCUACGUAUGUGGAAGAGGACUUUUAUGUCACUGAUGCAUCUGGAGUUAGCAGGCUUAUUCCUCCUACCAACAUCAUUCGCUGGAGGGAAGUCAGGAAUCCUGAUGGCACAACUUCAGUUGAAAGCAACGCACGCUUUGUGACUUGGUCAGAUGGGAGUUUGCAAUUGCUAAUCGGCAAUGAAGCUUUUGGUAUAUGUAAUCAAGACGCACAUGACAUUAAGUCAUAUCUUUUCCUUAGACAUGAAAAGGAGAGCUAUCAAUCUCAGGGAAAAAUCUCAAGAAAGAUGAUAGUUAUGCCUUCUUCCGUAUCUUCAAAUUCCAAUUUUGAUUGGUUUUGUCGAUUCAAUGCAUAAAAGGGUCCCUGGAGUACGUCACUGAUGUGGACCCUCGGAGGAUGAGGGAGCAAAAGGAAAAGGGACCAAAAAAUAUUGAGAAUUCAGCAUCAUCUGCUCAUUACACCUCCUUGAAGAUGAGAAUGUUGAGGGUUCCGCAGCACAUAGGAAAGUAGAGGAAAUGUUAUAAAAAGAACCUUAUGAGGAUUCAGAAGUUGAAGCUGAGGGGAGCUACCAAUCUUGGGGAAUAAGCUCAAGAAAGAUGAUAUUUGUUCCUUCAUUAUUAUCUUCAAAUUCCCAUCGUUAAAGGCAUAAAAGCUCAAUAAAGUUUGGGAGUACGUCAUUGAUGUGGACCGUGAGAGAAUGAUGGAGCAAAAGAAAAAGGUAAUGACAACUAAUUAAUAUUAUUGUUUAUUUAAUAGGCAGUCUCCAUUUGUUGGACUUUUAACUUAGUUGUUCCAAAGGCCUUGUAGGAUGAAACGCCAACAACCAUAGUGAACAACAUAUGGAGAGUGUUAUAGUAAAAUAACCCCCAUUCCUUAGUUGAUUCGAUUCACAUGAUUGGUAAUUAAAAAGAAUUUUUAUUAACAGAAUGGUAGCGUGAUGCAUCUCUCAACUAGUGCAUGCAUUACGUUGUAAAUGGUUAACGCAAGCAUUUCUACAUUUAGGCGAACCAAAAGAGGGAAGAAAGUUUUAUGAAUUUUCAUACUUUUAAAUAUAGUACAGAUAGAUUAGAGAAAUGAUUUGGUUAAAAAGUCCCAUAUGAAAUCACAAUUCACAAAAUCUGUAGAUUGCCAAAUGUUUAGUUAAAGUGUUCAAGAAACUUGAAUUUGUGUAAUGAAUAUAGAGAGCUUCUAAUGUGGUAGAACUAAUUUUCUUUGUAAGGCAACGGAGGAACAUAUGAUUUUCUUUUUUUUUUUUUGGAUUAGACUUUAUUGCCAGAUUUAUUCGAAGCACGCAUAUCUAAUGAUCUCAAAACAAAUAUGCAUGUAAAGGUAGAAAGCAAUGUGCGCUUUCUGACUUGGUCGGAUAGGAGUUUGCAGUUGCUAAUCGAAAAUGAAGCUUUUGAUAUAUCUGAGCAAGACGCACAUGACAUUCAAUCACAGCUUUUCCGUAGGUAUGAAAAGGUGCUUCGUGACUACUAUUGCUCAGUUAAUGUGUUUGGCUUAAAAUAAUGACCUCUUUAUAGUUUUGCUCUAUCUUUGUAUUUUAUUUUCAUGUCUCAUUGUAAUGCCUCUAUUUCCAAAUAUACAUCCACCAUAAAUCAUCUCUCGUAUUGGUAAGUUAAUUUAUCAUAUCUUAUGUCGUUUUCCCAUGUAGGGAAGCUACCAAUCUCAGGGAAUAAUCUCAAGAAAGAUGAUAUUUAUGCGUGCAUUCUUAUCUUCGAAUUCCCAUCGUUGCUUGACUGGUUUGUCAAAUGCAGGUAUAAAAUGUCAACAAAGUCAGGGAGUACGUCACUGAUAUGGACCGUGAGAGGAUGAUGGAGCAAAAGGAAAAGGUGAUGACAACCAAUUAAUAUUAUUGUUUAUUUAAUAGGCAGUCUCCACUUGUUGGACCUUUAACUUAGUUGUUCCGAUGGCCUUGUAGGAAGAAAUGCUAACAACUAAACGAAUAACUUCUUUAUGAGAAGCUAGCAACAAAUAUGGAGAGUGUUAUGCUAACAUUAAUGUCUCAUUACAUUUAUGGAGUGUUAUGCUAAAAUUAUAAAAGUAUGCGAUCUAUAGUAAAAUAACCCCUAUCCUUGUGCGUUUAUUAUGCUAAUAUUAUCAUUUUCUUCUAAAAUGAUCUUAACAUUCAUGGUUUUCAAAGACCAUAAGAUCUUCAGGAGUUAGCAUCAUCCAGUGUUAAAGUUACGCACGCCCCAUUAUGCCUCCCUAAAGAUGGGAGUGUUGAGGGUUCCGCAGCAGAUAGGAAAAUAGAGGAACUACUACAAGAAGAAGAACAAUCUUAUAUGAGGAUUCAGAAAUUGAAGUUGAGGUUAGUGAUAACUUCUGUAUAUAAUUAAAUGUUUCAGAAAGUUCUCCUUCUUAGUUAGAAGUUAAAACAAUUGAGCAUUUAUAACAUUGUGUUGCAUGAUGCUAAAAUUCUUGGAUAUGUAGUGCUUUCAACUUUUAUUUAUUGUGUUUGACUUGAUAAAUUUUGAAGGUAGGGAUUUGAGAUCUCUAAUAACAACUCAUUUGAAUCUUUCUGAAUAAUUUCAUAUACUUAAAGGUUAGAUUUGGAUGGAAUAAUUUAGAGAAAAUAUUUAAGAUGACUCCAUAUCAAAAGCACCAUAGUUCAAAACAAGAGUUGAAGGAUUUUGAAUCCUUUCUAAUAUGGAAUUAUUCCAAAAAUUUCAAAUAAUUUGCUAUUAGUGAUCUGAAAUCCCUACCUUCAAAAUUCAUAAAUUCAAACAUAAUAAAUAGAAGUUGAAAGCUCUCCAUAUCCAAGGAUUUUAGCAUCAUGUAACACAAUGUGAUACCCUGAAAAAAGCUGAGAUGAUAAAUGCUCAAUUGUUUUAACUUUUAACCACGAAGGAACUUUCUGGAACAUUUAAUUACACAGAGAAGUUAUCACUAACCUUAGCUUCAAUUUCUGAAUCCUUAUAAGAUUCUUCUUCUUGUUGCAUUUCCUCUACUUUCCUAUGUGUUGCGGAACCCUCAACACUCGCAUCUUCAGGGAUGUGUAAUGGGGCGUGAGUAACUUUAACACUAGAUGAUACUGACUUCUGAGUAUCUUUUGGUUCUUGAAAACUAUGAAUAAGAUCAUUUUAGAAGAAAAGGAUAAUUUUGACAUAAUAAAUACAGAAGGAUGGGGAUUAUGUUACUAUAGAUCACAUACUUUUAUAAUUUUAGCACAACACUCUCCAUAAUUGUAAUGACACAAUAAUUUUAACAUGAAACUCUCCAUAUUUGUUGCUCACUUCUCAUAAAGAAGUUUAUUCGCUUUGGUUGUUAGCAUAUCUUCUAACAUUGCCAUCAGAACAACUAAGUUAAAGGGCCAACAAGUUGAGACUGCCUAUUAAAUAAACAAUAAUAUUAAUUGGUUUUAUUACCUUUUUCUUUUGCUCCAUUAUCCUCUUAUUCCACAUUUGUAACGUACUUCCAGACUUAAUUGACUUUUAUGCCUGGAAUAGAUAAAACCAAUCAAGCAACUCCGGAAUUUGAAUAUAAGGAUGACAACAUGACUAUCAUAUUUCUUGAGAUUGGUAGCUCCCCUACAUGGGAAAGUGGUGCAAGAUAUGAGAAGUUAACUUACAAGCUACGAGAGAUGAUUUUUAUGGUGGAUGCAUAUUUGAAAACAGAAGUAUUACAAUGAAACAUGUGAAUAAUGCACAAUGAGAUAAAGGGAACCUAUAGAGGUUAUUAUUUUAAGUCAAACACAUCAAUUGGGCAAUAACAGUCACGAAGCACCUUUUCAUGCCUAAGGAAAAGAUGUGGCUGAAUGUCCUGUGUGUCUUGCUCACAUAUAUCAAAAGCUUCAUUUCCGAUUAGCAACUGCAAACUCUUAUCUGACCAGGUCAUAAAGCGCGCAUUGAUUUCAACCUUUAUAUACACAUUUGUUUUGAGAUCAUUAGAUAUGCGUGCUUUCUAUAAGCUAUAAAGUUUAAUUGAAAAAAAGAAAUCAUAUGUUCCUCCACUGUCUUACAAAAAAAAUUAGUUCUACCACAUUAGAAGCUCUCGAUAUUCAUUGCACAACUUCAAGUUUUUAAACACUUUAUCUAAAAUUUGGCAAUCUACUGCUUUUGUGAAUUGUGAUUUCAUCUAAGACUUUUGACCAAAUCAUAUCUGUAAUCUAUUAGUACUAUAUUUAAAAGUAUGAAAACUCAUAAUUUUCUUCCCCUUUUUUGGUUCACCUAAAUGUAGAAAUGCUCGUGUCAAAUAUUUAGAGUAAUGCAUGCAGUAGUUGGGACAUGCAACAUGCUACCACGUGGUAGUGGUUAGAAAAUCAGAUUCACAAUGUUAAUGUGGCAAGCACUUUCUUAAUUUGACUAGUCUCAUAUUGUAUUGAUUGAUUAAAUACUAACCAUUCAAUACUUUAAGUUGGUAAAAUUUUAUAUGUGACCUAUUUGAAUCCAACUAUUUAAUGGUUGGUAUGUUAAUAAGUGAUAAUAGUCGUUGACUUAUUAUGCUUAGACCGAAGUCUUAGGUUUUUUCUAUGUUAGAGCUACUUUGUUCUUUUGCUAAUUGCCACCUGCCUUCUUGUUUGAGAUAGAGCUUUAUUUUGAGCUAAUCUAUAAUAGGGUUACACUAGAAAAAGAAAUUACUAUAAUUGCCUAUACUGUUAAGCUAUGAUUGGUAUAUAAAAAUGGAGUGAGAUUGGAAUUGGCAUUCCCAAGUCCAUUUCUAUAUAUGUGAUUGAUAUAAGUAAGAAAAGGGAUUAGUGAUUUUAUAGGAAUUCUUAUUCCAUUAGAAAAGGGAUUAUUGAUUCCAUCCUCAAAAUAUGGUAUUAACUAUUCUUAUGAGUUUGGCAAUGGAAUUUUUUUUUUGACAAAAUUAUCCGUGUAAUUACAUUAUACAACAUUAAUAUUUCUAGGGCGUAUUUGAUCGAGUAUUAUAUUUUUAUUAGUUCAAAAUAUUAUUUUGAAUUACUAACAACGUUGAGAACAAAAUACCAAUUCAUUGAUUUUGAUAUUUAGUUUUAGUUUUUAUUUUUUGAAACUAUUUCUUUGGUCGAGUAUUGAGACAUAAUCGUAGAUACAUCAUGAUUAAACAAAUUAAUUCAUUCGGUCGUCCAAAUCAAUAUAAUUUCUUUUUUCAGAAAAUACUAUCUAGGUGUUGAUUCAUUUCAACAAAUUAAUUCUUAAGUAAAUAAAUAAAUUUUGUCAUAUUUUUUUCAACAACAUAUAAGAUAUUUUAUAAAUUGUUUAUA